AUGACCACCAGAAGCAAGCCUUCCUCGAGGAACCAAACCCAUACUCAUUCUCUGGGUCAUGGUAUUUCACUGGCUGCCAGUCUUAACCUUCCACCAUAUAAUUCUUGUGCCUGGCUCCAAGAGGAAGGCCUGACUCCUGCACAAGCAGCCCUACGCACAUCCAACGAAGAUCUUGCUCGUCGGCUCGUAAAGCUCAAGGCCAAUGCAAACCGCCUCCAGCGCGAGAUCUUCCUCCUCUAA